AUGAAGCUCUCAUCUACUUGGGCCGUGGCUGCACUGGCUGCUCAGGCUGCUGGUGCUUUGAGGCACAAGGUGGAUGGUCUUACCAUCACUGAGCACCCGGACCCUGUGAAGCGGGCUCUUUUGCAGAAACAUGUGACAUGGGAUGAGCACUCGCUCUUCAUCAAUGGCGAGAGACUGAUGGUUUUCAGCGGUGAAUUCCAUCCCUUCCGACUUCCUGUUCCGUCUCUAUGGCUCGAUAUUCUCCAGAAGAUCAAGGCUAUGGGCUUCAAUGGUGUUUCGUUCUACAUUGAUUGGGCUCUCCUGGAGGGCAAGCCUGGCGAGUACCGCGCCGAUGGGAUUUUCGCCCUUGAGCCAUUCUUUGAGGCUGCCAAGGAGGCUGGAAUCUAUCUGCUGGCUCGUCCUGGUCCUUACAUUAAUGCGGAGGUUUCUGGUGGUGGUUUCCCCGGCUGGCUGCAGCGCGUCAAUGGCACCCUGCGCACCAGCGACGAAGCCUACCUGAAGUCCACUGAUAACUAUAUUUCCAAUGUCGCCGCUACCAUUGCCAAGGCACAGAUCACGGAAGGUGGACCCGUCAUUCUUUACCAGCCGGAAAACGAGUACUCUGGUGCUUGCUGCGGAGUGGACAACUUCCCCGAUGGUCCCUACAUGCAGUAUGUCGAGGACCAGGCCCGUAAUGCGGGAAUCGUGGUGCCUUUGAUGAGCAACGAUGCCUAUGCUGGCGGUCACAACGCACCUGGAACGGGUGAAGGCGAGGUGGACAUCUAUGGCCACGACGGCUAUCCUCUGGGUUUUGAUUGUGCUAAUCCCACCGUCUGGCCAAGUGGAAAUCUGCCUACCAACUUCCGCACUGAACAUCUGCUCCAGAGCCCGUCGACCCCAUAUUCGCUGGUUGAGUUCCAAGGUGGUGCCUUUGACCCAUGGGGAGGUAACGGUUUUGAUGCCUGUGCUGAUCUUCUGAACCACGAAUUUGAGAGAGUGUUCUACAAGAACGACUUCAGUUUCGGUGUUGCAUUCUUCAAUCUUUACAUGAUCUUUGGCGGUACCAACUGGGGUAACCUGGGCCAUCCCGGUGGAUACACCUCCUACGACUACGGGUCCCCCAUCUCCGAGACUCGGAAUGUGACCCGAGAGAAAUAUAGCGAACUGAAGCUUCUCGGUAACUUUGCCAAGGUUUCUCCGUCGUACUUGGUGGCCACCCCUGGAAAUGCGACCACUAAGACCUAUACCAACACAGCUGAUCUGACCGUCACUCCCUUGCUUGGCAGCAACAGCACUGCUUCAUCUUUCUUUGUGGUCCGACACACUGACUACUCAUCCCGAGACUCAGUUGACUACAAGCUUAGACUCCCCACCAGUGCCGGUCGUCUGACGAUUCCUCAGCUCGGUGGCAGCCUGACUCUUAGUGGCCGUGACUCGAAGAUCCAUGUCAGUGACUACAACGUCGCUGGUACUAACAUUUUGUAUUCCACGGCUGAAGUUUUCACUUGGAAGAAGUUUGGCAACGAAAAGGUCCUUGUUCUCUAUGGCGGUCCCAAGGAGCACCACGAGCUUGCAGUCUCUGGUGAGACUGACGCUUCGGUUGUUGAAGGUUCCUCAUCUGGAGUUACCAUCAAGAAGAAGAACAACUCUGUGGUCAUUGGAUGGGAUGUAUCAUCCACUCGCCGUAUCAUCAAGGUUGGCGACCUAAAGGUCCUACUUCUUGACCGAAACUCUGCCUAUAACUACUGGGUGCCCCAGGUCCCAUCGUCGGGCAAGGCUCAGGAAUACAGCACUGAGGAGAGCGUAGCUUCGUCCAUCAUUGUCAAGGCAGGCUACCUCGUCCGCACAGCAUACGUUGAAGGCAGCGACCUCCAUAUCUCAGCCGAUUUCAAUGCGACCACUCCGAUUGAGGUUAUUGGUGCUCCUGCGAAGGCCAAGAACCUGGUGAUCAACGGCAAGAAGUCGCAGAUAAAGGUUGACAAGAACGGCAUCUGGUCCACCAGCGUCGAAUAUUCGGCUCCCAAGAUCAAUCUGCCGAGCCUGAAGGGCUUGAAGUGGAAGUCUAUUGAUACUCUGCCCGAAAUCAAGAACUCGUAUGACGACUCUGCCUGGACUUUGGCCGACCAUGACUACACCAACAACAGCGCCAAUCCUCUCAAGACUCCUACCUCGCUAUACUCUUCUGAUUAUGGCUUCCACACUGGUGCUCUGAUCUACCGUGGUUACUUCGUCGCAAACGGCGACGAGAAGAAUUUCUUCGCUCACACCCAGGGCAGCUCGGCAUUCGGCAGCUCCGUGUGGAUCAACGAGACCUACGUCGGUUCUUGGGUUGGAAUCGACGCAGACCGAGACUCCAACGCAACUUACACCUUGCCUUCUCUUAAGUCGGGCAAGACAUAUGUCAUCACCGUGGUCGUCGACAACAUGGGUCUGGACGAGAACUGGAUCGUCGGCCAGGAGGAAAUGAAGAACCCUCGAGGGAUUCUCGAAUACAGCCUUUCCGGCCACGAAGCCUCCGACGUGACCUGGAAGCUGACCGGCAACCUGGGCGGCGAAGACUACCAGGAUAUCAUUCGCGGUCCGCUGAACGAAGGUGGACUCUACGCCGAGCGCCAGGGCUUCCACCAGCCGCAGCCUCCAACUAAGAACUGGGACUCUAGCAGCCCAUUCACAGGUCUGUCAAAGCCUGGUAUUCGCUUCUACAGUACCAGCUUCGAUCUAGAUCUGCCAAAGGGCUGGGACGUCCCGCUGUACUUCAACUUUGGUAACACCACUGCACCCCCUACUGCUUACCGCGCCCAGCUUUGGGUCAAUGGCUACCACUAUGGAAAGUAUGUCAACAACAUCGGACCCCAGACGAGCUUCCCUGUCCCUGAGGGUAUCCUGAACUACCGUGGUACCAACUGGCUUGCAUUGAGUCUGUGGGCCCAGGAGGAAGCUGGUGCGAAGCUUGACUCGCUGGAGUUGAUCCACACUACCCCGGUUCUCACUUCGUUCGGUGAAGUCAAGGCUGUUGAUCAGCCCAAGUACAAGCAACGCAAGGGGGCCUACUAA